UUUUUUUUAACCAGCCGAUGCGUGCAGCGAUGGAGUUUCCUGUGCGUAUGUGCCUGGCGGUGGGUUGCCAGGGAACACGUGAGAUUGAGUGCCGGCUGCCUCCGCAUUUUCUUACGGCGCACGCGCCUUGUCCUUAGCCGUCUUUUCGGGAUGACUAUACUGGCUUGUAUCUCUGAGGAGGGACCACGGGGGAAAACAAAAUGGAACAAGAAGGUCCAUGGCGGCCGGGUUGUGAGGCCGCCUCGUGGCUUAUGGGGACAAG